GUGGCGUAGUGUGGUUGGCAUGGGCCUCAGUGCAAGGUUAUGAAAUGGGGCUCCCUAUCCAAUCCCCUCCCCCCCCACCUCUUCAUAGUGCAGUGUAUGGGCACAUCUGGCCCAUGGGCCCAGUGCAGCUUCACCGCCUGUACACUCGAUAGCCACGCUGCUGACAGAUUGAGCAGCAAUGUUACACGUGGCACCCCGGCCAUCACAGCCACUAUAACCCGCCACACACACUUAAUGAGAUAAAUGCUUGUUAAUCGUGAUCACUACCAUGUGUUAUAAAGCAUGGGGCCAUGGUGUAAUUGUUCGCCCACUGGACUUGCAAAGCAGAGGUCGCGCAGUUUGAUUUGAUGUCCUGGCGCAGCAGUUGAAACGUGGUGCAAGUUUCUGAAAUGCCCCCGCCUGAGUGAACCCGAAUAGUAUAAAUAGGAACACCAAAGUUGGUCGACUGGCAGGCGCGUGCGGUGGGGUAAAGUGCGGGUACUCCAGUCUCUUACAAAACGUCUGCUCAGCGCGGAAGAGUUCGCCAAACUACCGUUCUGAAUGUGCUCUCUGGAGCUUCUUCCAGAAGGGGUCCUUCUGCCAGCAGUGGCAAAAGGCAAAACACUUGCAGGGUUGCACCCUUGACCCGCCAGGUAUUAUGAUAUUGUGCUCACGCUGAGGUCUGUCUCGCCAGGACGGGAGAGCCCAUGGAAAAGAUCCCAAGGGGAGGAGGAGGAGGAGGAGGAGGCAUGCAACACUACUCAGCCAUCUGUGCUGCAAAGGGCACUGCUCGCUUUCCAGUUUGCCAGCCUGCUGCUCUGCGCGGUGUCCCUGGGACUUCUCUACCGUGUCCGAAACAACGCGAUGAUUAAUUCCGUUGGUUGGAUGAAUCUGGAAACAAUGCUACUGGGAUCCAUUUUUAUUUAUUUCUCGGUCCUAUACAUGCACCUGGUGCCAAACGCUUGGUGCGGGUCGGCACUGAUCCACUGGGUGCGUUUUUUUGGGUUCCUCGCUCUGUAUGGGCCUGCCGUGCUCCACCUGUGCAGGCUGGUGGUAGCAGAUUCCACGGAAAAAUGGUGUACUCCUGCGCCAGGCUGCUAUGAACUUGGAACCCUUGCCUCGCUUAGUCUACUGUUCUGGCUGUCAGCAUCAGUACGGAAAGAAAGCCCGUCGAUUGAGGUCAGGCAAAUCUUCAACGUGCAAUGCCCGCCAGGCUUCGUCAAUCACAUUAUAUCCGGUGUGGAGCUCGCCUGUCUGGUGUGGGGCUUGCGUGUGUGCCACACCGUCUGCAAGGCCACGUCGCCCCCAUGCCAAGCCUGGAACAUCACGGCUGCCCUUGUCAAUGAAGCGGCGUGCUCGUUCCUAUUCCAUAUGUUCUGGCGUUUGUUGGCUCCCGCCCUUCACCCAGAUUGGAUGAUUUUAAUUGCCUUCUUUUACGAGCACGUCACAGUCACGAUCAACUUGGGGCUCCUGCUGAUCCCUAAGUUUGUUGGUGUGGAGCUCCUGCUACCAGACACUGCAGUGGCAUGUCAGUUGGAGAGAAAUAAUGAUGUCGGACCUUCUGCAGUCAUCGCAAGGGUAGAAACUAAAGCUGCUCACGUCAACUACGUCCAGAGGGUGAGCUCUUGUGCUGGAUUUGUCAUGCACGAUUGUGCACGGCAGUGCAGUGUCACAUUCACCUUGAUGGAAUUAACUGCCCAUAUAACCAGUGCAGCUUUGUGCGUGUGGUAUAACCGUCAUUUUUUACAGAUCUUCGCAAAUCAGACCAAUUUCACGUACAUUCGUUUACUUCGAGAGCACAGUAAAGGGUGUUUAAUACUUAAAGCAGCUUGCACUUUAAAUUUGUCCAGUAAUCUAAUUGUGUAUGAUGGUGUAACGGUCAUUUUUUCUAGAUGUUCACAUAUCAGCCGAUACCUCAGUCCCCAUUGAGUCAGAUAUGUGACAUUGACAAUACCUCUCCCCACUAAUUAUUGGCCUACUCUUCCACUCUGGCCGAACAAUUUGGAAGAUAUAUGAGUUUACCCCCACUGCACACGAAUGGCUAUAGGGAUCACUUGAACCCAUUAUGAAAAUAAAAAAAACACAAUCACUGACACAUUUGAUUUAAUGUCUUCGGUUAAGAAUCAAUAUUAACCAUUAAAGCUCUAAUACUUAAAUCCGCACAUGCAUAUCAUGGGAAGUGGGUAACUGGAAAUAUGCAAAAGGAGUCAACAUAAAAAUCAUAGUUCGGAUUUUCCAUGCAAGAAGCCAUGCUCCCAAUUAAAGUGAUGCUUCAGCAAAUGUGUAAGUAGUGCAAUAAAUGGUGAUAAAUUUAGUUAAACCCGCUACAAACAACACAGAUAUGUCAUGUGCGAUAAAUUCGAAAGCAUUUCACCGUGCGUGGAAUUGUGACGAAUGUGACAUUCUCAGGCCCAUCUAGAGUACCUCAAGCCACCGAGGGCGCUGGCAAAUGGGAGUGUACUGAGCACGCCCAAGAACCGCCACCUUCGAAGAGGCCGCACAAUUUUCCGGCGUCUCACAAGAUGCGCUGAUGGGACACCGCGUUCGUUCACCCGGGAGAGCGCUGGUCGUGAGCGAUGUUCAUCGGCGACUUCUCACAUUCACACGGCCCCCUUACUCACGUCAAAUAAGAAUCCUGUCAUGGAAACUCCAAAAAAAAAGAUUGAACCUUGCAAGAGGUUCUCCUUUCUAGGGUCACGUGUCAGCACAAAUCAUGAGCUGCCAGAGCUGAACGGGGAAAAGUUGUUUUCCGGAUCGGAAAACAAAAUUUGUAACACAGGUUGGUUUAUUCCGGUACCCAAGGAUGUGCCAUCGCGUGCAUUGCAGGGAAGUCCUCCUGUCUGUCGCACUGCUACAAGUCACAGCUUAUCACAAGAGCCCUCUUUGUGUCAUUAUUUUAAGCCAAUUAUAAAGCAGAAGUCCCUUAGUUUAAUGGACUGUGCCCAGGAAAAGGCAUCGACAGAUCAUAAAAAGGCAAGCAUGGAUAUUGGGAGUAGAGGUGUAGGACCAAAUUACUUUGAGGGACCACAGAGAGGCACCACUUCGAACCAGUGGAAGACAUCUAGCCUGCCAAAGCUGAACAAACGCUGCUGGAAAAAAGAGCACAAAUAUUCGUUUGAAAAUAGCACCGCUUGUGAACCUGUGACCUCUUAUGAAAUGAAGCAGAACUCGUGUCGUGCAGUUUGCAACCGUGAAGAGAUCUGUCCCUGGGAAUUUCAAGAGUUACCUUCUUCUAAAAGUGCAAUGAGCAAAAAGACUCCUGUGAAGAUUAACCUAUCCAUAGGUUCCACAAAGCUGAGCAGCUUGGAUGGAUUCCAGUUUGCAGGGAAGUUAUUCAAAGCCAUGAGGCCAAAGAAUGCUGAAGGUCAACCUAACUCUCCUGGUGAGGCUGGAGGAAGUAAGAGCUGGCCCACAUCAGAGCCGCAGAGUGGCUCGUCAUCUCCAGCUGGGAGAAGAGAUUUGAAGCCAUUUGGGGGUGAGAUUACUGCACAGAUGGAAGAAACAACCCCUGCAAGUGGCCCCACGGAGGCUUCUCGAUUUUAUACACAUGAUGGGGCUGAACACCCUAUUCAAGAUGCAGAAACAAAUAACCUGUUAAAAUUGGACACGUUGCAAACACGGGACACGGAAUUAAAAAAAUAUUGUACAUCUGCAUCAAAAAGAAGCGCAGAGACUGCGACAAACGCUGGUUCAAGUUGGAAAUUACCAAACACGGUAUUUUAUUUACAAGAGCCACAUUUGGAGGAAAUGGUUGAAAUAUUUCCAUGGAAUUUAGAGAAUGUACAAGCAGAAAUAAACAAAAAUGAGUCACCUGACUGGAAGCACACUGAAACUAAAGUUGGCAUUAAAUUAGAAACAGGAGAUACAAAAAACAAAGUCCCCUGUAGCCAUGACCAUGUGGAGGAGGCUAAUCUGAAUGAAAGAUGUGCCUGGGAAAUGGACAGUGAUCAAGAAUUAACAAACAAGCUAUCACAUGCCUGCAAAAUGGAAUGUUUUGAUGUAACAGCGGACUGUAUAUCAAAGCAGAGGCCCUUGGGAUGGCCCGUAGGGUCUGAUGGAAAACAUGAGCUAGUGAACAACACUGAUGUCUACCCAUCUGGAGUUGACCUUACACUGACAGAAAAUGCAGGCGUAUCAAUGAGUGAGACAAUGAUGGCAAACCAAUCUGCAUUUGGAAAUGACCCAUCACAACAAACUGGUUCGGAGAUUUCACUGCGGCAACAUGUGGACACGCAUUUUGGGAAGAAGGAAAUAGAGGACAUCUCCCUAGUUAGCAUAAAAGAUAAUAUUCAAAUACAUGCAGAGGAUGUGUCUUCAUCAGAGCCAAUGGCUAGAGUUUCCCCUCCAUCUGGUCAUUCAUCAAAGACAGUAACAUUCAGAGAUCCACCUGCCUUAACACCACCUUGUGAGAAAAAAAAGUCUGAUAAGUGUGAUGUAAAAUGCUACGGAGUUACCAUCAGAGACUUUGUUUCUUCAGGCAGAAAAAAGAGAUAAUUGCACACGUGUUGCUUCGUCUGGCAAUCACGUUGAUCAUCAGUCUGUGUCUAUACCACUGCUGGAUGAAGGUACCUCCAUGCCAUUGCCAUCCCUCGUGGUGCUGCUAGUGGGUAGGGAAGGAUAAACGAAUGAUCUAGUCAGGAAAUCCAGAGAUUGCAUCAAAUGUUAACCAUAAUGUGUAAGAAAAUAAUGAAGACAAAAUAAAACAGAACAAGAGGAUCCGAAGUAUUCUGCAUUCAAAAUAUGCCUCGAAGUUUUAGUUUUGGUGUAUUCAUAUUAAGUAUGUUUUACAGCACUAUUUUCAACAAUGUAAUGAAGUCUGGAUAAUGCCAGGUGAUACGUAUGUUGGUAUGACCAAAACAUGUGCAAAUUGUAAUCACGUAUUGUGUUCUAUACCUAUGUAUGUGCUUAUAAUGGAGUUGUUUGUUAAUAGUAUAUUAAAAAGAAAAUAGCAUUGUAUACUGGGUUUCCAACUAUAAUUAAAAGCAAUAACUCGGUUCAUUCAAUUGAAAGUGUGUUCAUAGAACUUGAUCAGUUGCCAAAACAGUAUUGUCUCACUCUUUCCUGCAGUCACGAAAGCUUCGAAUCUAGUAUUGUGUCUCUUUCACCACCCACAACUGGCACUCUGUGGUUGAUGGUGAGUAAUGCAUUUUUAUAACUAUAAUUGAUUGAUCGUAACUGUAUGUAAAUUGAUAGUAAUUCGUCACGUGUAGCUUAUUUUGAGCUAAAAUAUAUUCAUUACAUGUAGGUCCCAACAUUUUUUUUGGAAAAACACAAUGGACGUAUCAAGGUCCAGAGAGAAAAAUGUGGGGAAGGGUCCCUGAGUCUAGCUUAAGCCCCCCCCCAUGCUCGUCCUGGUAAGACCUGGACGUAUUCAUUUUAUCCAGACCAUAAGUAGAAUACUCUUUGGUUCUUUCCCAAAGAGUAUGGAUCCCUGUAGUCACGAAAACUUCAAAUAUAGAU